AUGUUGAAAAAUCAAUUUUUAUUAUUUUGGCAAUGUGUCUUUGGUCCCAAACUUUAUCAAACCUAUCCAUUUAUGCCACCAUUACCUAAUCGACAACCUACUCAUCUAUACAUAAAAAAUACAACAGAAACGCUCAGUGAUAAUGUUUUUCUUGUUCUUAAAAUAUUUUUUGGCACACUUCGAAUAGUUUUGCCAUUAUUUAUACUAUAUUUUUAUUAUAAAGGAUCAUUAACAUAUGAAAACGGUAUAUCACUUCUACAACUUAGCUGUUAUAUUGUAAUUAUACCAAUCUGGUUUGCGUUAUUACGUGGAAUCAGUCGUUUUAGCAAUCCAACUUAUAAAGCAUUUAUUAAUGAAUUUUUUCAAGUAAAAUAUAAUUCUACACAAGAAGCUCGUCAGGUAAAACUUUUAGCUAAAUAUGAUUUUUCACUUUCACAUUGGAAACCUGAUUAUAUAAUACAAUCAUCUAAUAUUCGUAAAUUACCAAUGAUAUCAAUAUCAGAAGAAAAUUUAAUUAAUCAAACAGAAACAACAUUCAUUGAACGAUUAUUUCAUUAUCCAUCGCUUUUACUUGGUUAUAUAUGUGUUAAUGUAUUUGGUCGUCGUUUAAUGUUUCCUGGUAGUUUACAAAUUAUUCAUCAUAUGAGUAAUCGUGCUUUACUUGAUGGACGAACAAAUUUAAUUAUUUCUCAUCGUGCUAAACGUUAUAUAUUACGUACAGCUGAUGGAAAUCAUAUUGAUUCAAUAUUUGUUGAUCAACGUUCAACAGAUAAUGGUCAAACAUUAAUUAUUACUUGUGAAGGUAAUGCAGGCUUUUAUGAAGUAGGUUGUAUGAUGACACCAAUCGAAGCUGGUUAUUCAGUACUUGGAUGGAAUAGACCAGGAUUUUGUGAGAGUUCGGUGAGUUAA